UGGCACCGGCUGGCGCUGAGUGUGCACAAGCACUCGGUGACACUGAUCCUGGACUGUAAGAAGAAGGUGACGCGGCCGCUGCCCCGGGGCCCCCGCCCGGUGAUCGACACCCGCGGCAUCACUGUCUUUGGCACCCGCAUCCUCGACGAGGAGGUCUUCCAGGGUGACAUCCAGCAGCUGCUCAUCGCCCCGAACCCGCAGGCGGCCUAUGACUACUGCGAGCACUACAGCCCCGACUGCCACGCCCAGCCCCAUGCACCCCAGGCACAGGAGGCGCAGCAGAGACCUGCCAGGCCCGAGGUGAGGGAUGUGGGGCAGACCGAGCAGGUCAGGCCUUUGGGUCUCAUCUCAGGGAGGAUACGGGGCUGGACGGGCCUAGCGGGCUGAUCUCGGGGGGGAUACGCGGCUGGAU